AUGUACGCGUUCAAGAAGAAGAGCAUUGAUGAAUCGAUAAGCGAAUUGGAAAAGUGGCAGUCGACAUUCGACAUAUCUUGGCUACUAAUCCUCAAAGUAGCAAAUCAAACUCUUGCUACUGGCGACCAGAUGAUUGCGACGCAAGAAAGAUUACCCAAUGUUACAGAAGGUUUGAUUUCGCAAUCUCAUCCAAAGCCCGAAGCUGACAGGGCUGUGUUUCUUCGACCGGAUGGGAUCGAUAUGUCGACUGCUUCUUUGAUCACGUUUUGCGAGGCACGACAUUUUACUAAGGGGUCGGAGAGCCUUAUUCUCGACUCGUUGACAUGCUCCUCUACAUCAAAAAUAAGUCGUUCUUUGGUUGUCAAGGACGUCAAAAGUCUCGCCCAGAAGCUAUACGCACACCAAGACCCAGGUUAUGGACUUUUCAAGUGUAAAGGAGUUUUAAAACGCGACACCAGGGAUCAAAAUGAAGACCAGCUCAAUUUUACCCUCGUCUUUAAGGUUCCCAGAUACCUCCUGGAACCACGAAGUAUGCGAAAAAUGCUUCUACGCGCAGAAUGCCCCAAUUCUCUAUCUGAAGUUGUUCGAAUUGGUCAAGAGCUUGCCAAAGCAGUCAGCUACAUUCAUCUUCUCGACUUCGUUCACAAGAAAAUUUGCCCCGAAUCGAUACUCCUCCUACGACAUAUAGAGAAAGACUAUCUCGCAGCGUAUCUAGUCGGCUUCCAAAAGUUCAGGAAAGAUGGCGGUAUGACAAGUCUACUUGGAAGUUCUGAUUGGCCACAGAUGUUGUACUGCCACCCUAAGAGGUAUGGCCAGAGGCCGGAAGAUGCUUAUAUUAUGCAGCAUGACAUCUAUAGCCUUGGAGUCUGUUUACUUGAAAUCGGACUUUGGGAAUCACUCGUCAGAUAUGGUGAAAGUGGCCAACUGGUUCCCUCUCAGUUAAUCAAAGACUAUCUGCCUUCUAGCGGAAUGGGGAGCAUAGAAUCUCUGAAGCAGCAUCUUGUUAUGCUAGCGCGUACCAGGCUACCUCGACGAAUUGGAAGCAAAUACGCCGAGAUUGUAGAAACAUGUUUGACCUGUCUCGAUGAUGGUAAUGCUGACUUUGGGGACGAAUCUGAAUUUUUGGACGCUGAUGGCGUUUUAGUAGGUGUUCGAUAUAUUGAAAAACUUAGAUAG